AUUUUGGGUUCAAGACUCGAAUUCACUUUAGGUGCCUGCAAAGGCCCAGUUCGGCGCCGCCGAGUCAGAGAGAGAGAGGCCGAUUCUCUUUUGCAGGCGAACACCGCCAUGGACCGGAGCGUGUUGGCAACACGACUUCACAGAAGAGGAUUCCAGGCGGUGGAGCCAUUGAAAUGUGCUGGCCAUGCAUCCAUCUUCCGCGUGCGUGAAAGAGAAGACGAAGAGAGCGAAGCAUACGUGUCCAAGGUGGUAUGCCUCAGUGGCUUGGAUGCCCAAGGUCAAGCAGGAGCACAACAAGAGGUCAGCCUGCUGAAAGGCCUUUCCGCUCAUCCGAACCUCAUUGCGUACAAGCAAAGCUUUCUGGAAGAUGGUGGCCUUCUGUUCAUCAUCAUGACCUUGGCAGAGGAUGGCGACCUUUGUCGAGUUGUGGGUGAAGCCCAAGUGACGCGCCGCGUUCUGCCAGAAGCUGCGGUACUCACAUGGCUUCGCCAAACUCUUCUAGGUCUUGAGCAUUUGCACAAACAGGGAGUGGUGCAUCGAGACUUGAAAAGUUCCAACAUUUUCCUCUGCGAGGGUCGACGGCGGAUCCGCAUUGGUGAUUUCGGUAUUUCCACAGUUCUCCAGAGCACGGCGUUCGCCUCCUCGUGUGUGGGAACCCCCGCCUACAUGUCACCGGAGCUCAUGAGGAAUGAGCGAUACGACUUUCACGUGGACAUGUGGGCCUUGGGGUGCAUUUGCUUCGAGCUGUGCAGCCUAGACCUGCCUUUUGCCGCAGCAUCGCUGCUGCAACUGGCAAUGCAGGUCAUGGAUGCUGAACCUGCCUGGCACAAGGUGGAGGGACGCAGUGAAGAUCUUAUAACUGUCAACCGAUGGCUCCUUCAAAAGGACGUCACAAACCGGCCCACGGCUAGCCGUGUGCUGCAAGAGCCUCUUUUUUCGGAGGGCGGCCGUGCGAGCAUUGGCCCCACGGAGGAGGAGUGGCUCAGCCUGGCUGCGCCAGACACAGACACUAGUUGUGACAGACGAAGAGCGCAGACAACUGUCAGCACUGCCGCUCUGUCCGGCUCCGACACCUUCAGCUCCAAAGGCUGGCCAACCAUGCCGGAUUCCACGGGGGAGAUCACAGCAGGUUUGGAAGCCCCGGCCAUCGCAAGCUUUGAUCGCUUGGUGCAGCAAGCGCGGGAGGCCAGGCACGAGUUUUCCAAGGACGAGUUUGCGGAAAUUCUUACGACGCACCAGCAGUCGCUGUUGGAGCAGCUCAAAGCAGUCCGCAGUGGUGGUCUGCAUGGCUUUGGCGAAGACAAUAGUUGCACUCAGUCAACGCACUCAUACUGU